AUGGUCAAGCUAGAAGAACUGGAAGACGAGCACUUCAUCAACAGGCCCGCAGGCUCCAAGGACGACGCAUUGCUUGUCGACGAGGACGAGGACUACACAGACACAGACUCGGAAAUCUCCUCCCCAAGCGACACAGACGAGCUCACGAUCGACGAAUCGCUGUACGAGCGGCUCUCCGCGCUGCGCGACAUCGUCCCACCAAACACCCGCGCGAAGAUCUCGUCCGUCUCCAACUCGAUAGUCUCCGCGACGAGCACGGGCAUCACGUACUCGGGCAAGGGGCUGUGGGUAUUGGCGACAAGCAUCCUGUUGCUGGGAAUCCCUUACGCGCUGGCGCUCGGCGAGGAGCAGCAGUACAUCGAGGAGGAGAGGCAGCGGGCGCUCAUGCAGGAGGGCGCGCAGGGCAUGAUACAGCAGGCAGGUGGUGAGGCCGGUGAAGCUAAGCCUGCCUUGUAG